AUGAAAAGACACAGCAUUGGAAAAAAAUUUACAAAAAUAAAAGGAUUGAAUAAAGCUGAUCCUGAUGCAAUAAUUCCUGAAACUCCUCAACUUAUAGAAGAUUUUAUAUAAUCUCUUAAUUCUUAGGGUGCUAUUAUCAAUAAAGUGAAAUAUGCAAUUUUUUAAACAAAAAAUGGAUUAAAAUAUCCUGGGCUGAUUGGUAUUUUGUUAUGUUGAGAUUAGCAACUGAGAAUAUUGUACCAAAUGACAAUCUUGUUAUUUUACCAAGGGAGACAUUACUAACUACAAAAUAAGCAUUUGAAUCUCCUUUAAAACCUAUGUUUCUGGAAUUUCCAUAAUUCUUUAGCCCUAAAUUUAUUCCCUCCUGGUAAUACCACAUCAUUCUAUCAUUCUUACUCUACGAAUACUAAAGAGGUGCUGAAUCAAAAUGGCAUUUAUUAAUCAAUAAUUUUCCUAAGGAUAUUGAUUAUGCAGUAUUUUGGAAAUCUGAAGAUUUAGAACUAUUGAAAGAUCAAAAAAUGGCCAAGCAUGCCAUUUAAAAGAACAGAUAUCUUAUUUCUACCUUUCAAACUCUCUAAUACAUUACUAGCAAAUAUCCGGAUCUAUUUAAACCAGGGGUUGUUACUUUAGAAAAUAUUAUUUGGAUUUACACUAGUAUUGUAACUAGAUGUUUCGGAGGUUAAGGAUUAAAAUAUGUUACAAUGGUACCAUUUUGUGAAUUAUUUAAUCAUGAAAGUGCUGAUGUAUGUUAUGAUCUUUAAUAAAAUGAUGGGAAAACUAAAUAUAAUUAUGAAUUUAUGACUUAAAAGUUAGUUGGAGAUUAGAAGGAUGAGGACGAAUUGUCAAUCCAAUCUUUCGACCAUUCAUAAGGGUCAGAAGAUGAAAUUAGUGACUCUGAAUUUACCACAGGUGAGUAUCAAGAUUACUAAGAAUUUGAUUUUGAUGAAUUUAAUGAAAAGGCAAUAAAAAAUUUUAACAAUAAUUUAAAUUAUAUGUUAGAAACACUAACAAUCUAAAAUGAAGAGUAUGAACAUUUUGGUCAAAAGAUGAAAGUUUUCUAAGAAUUUUCAAUCAGAAUGAGAAAAGAGUUAAAUAUUAAAUUAAAUAUACAAAGAGAUGUUUUCUAAUUAGCUAUUGACUGCAAAUCAAUGCUAUUUCAACAUCUUGAUUUUGGAGAUAAUUUUUCAAUAUUUUUUAUAGGGCAUAUUUUCAAAAUUUUAGAUAAUUCACUUGAAGAGUAUUUUGAAGAAUAGAUAUCUUCAUUUCAGGCAAGAGAAAUAUUUGCUAGAAUGGAACAAAUUUGUAGUAGCUAUUUAGACAAUUGGUACGCUUUUAAUAAUGUUGUUAAAAAAAACCCAAUCUAAUAGAAAGUCAAUACAUUUUCAUAAAAAAUAGCCCAGAGACCAAUAAAGGUGUUACCAACAGUCGAAUCAAUUUUAAAAUAGCCAGUUGAUCGUAGUGCUAAUUAUUAUUAAAAUGUUUGGGAAGAUGAAAAUUUUAAAAAUCUAUUGAUGAGAACAAGAGAUUAUUUUUAAAAAGGAUCAUAAGUGUACUUCUGCUAUAGUUAAUUGUCAAAUAGAAUGAUGAUUCUCAAAUAUGGAAUGGCUUUAGAAUACAAUAAAUUCAACAGCUCAUUUUUGAGAGUUGAGUACCUAAAAUAUCUUUAGACAAACGAGGCUAAAUGGAUUGUUCAUAGAUUUAAAUUAGAUAAAUUUAAAAGAUUUAAGUUAAAAUUUAUUAAACCUCCUUAUGAGUUGAUAAUAUUUUGUAAAUUAGUUUAUUGGUAAUAAAUAUAAAAUAUUAUUAGGGAUAUAAAUUUACAUUCUGUAGAUACCAUUUUUAAGAUUUAAGACUUGUAAUUAGAAAAAAAAGCACUUAAUCUGGCACUUGAAAUUUUAGUUGAAGAAAAUUCAAAAUUCACAGAAAAAAUAGAAGAUCUUGAAAUAUAACUAUUUGACAAAUCCUUAGGGUACCAUGAAUACUUUGCUCUAAUCUACAGAUUAGAAAGAUUAAGAAUCUUUCGUUAUAAUAUUAAGUAUUUAAAAUAUUGAAAAUAGUCUAAUCAAUAUUAUGAUAAUUGCUAUUGAUAAAAUCAUAAAUAGAGUACCGUUUGAAUAGGCAAUCGAGAAAACAUAGUUUGAUUUCGAUUUUUACCAAACAAAUCGCUACACCUUAAAGAGAUAUUUUGAUGAAUUGAAAUUUUCUCUAUAUUAAUCAUCAUGAUUUAUUUGUCUUAUAGGCAUAAAUUAUGAAAUAAC